AGACAGAGAGAAAAAGGAGGAAAGGGAAGCCAUGGGAAGACCACCAUGCUGUGAUAAAGUAGGUAUCAAGAAAGGUCCAUGGACUCCUGAAGAAGAUAUCAUCCUCGUCUCUUACGUUCAAGAACAUGGUCCUGGAAAUUGGAGAUCAGUCCCCACUAAUACUGGGUUAUUGAGAUGCAGCAAAAGUUGCAGGCUUAGAUGGUCUAAUUAUCUCAGACCGGGAAUCAAAAGAGGCAACUUCACUACUCAUGAAGAAGGGAUGAUUGUUCAUUUGCAGGCAUUACUGGGUAACAAAUGGGCAGCCAUAGCAUCAUAUUUACCGCAAAGAACAGACAAUGACAUAAAGAACCACUGGAACACUCACUUGAAGAAGAAGCUAAGGAAGUUUCAGUCAGCUUUGGAGUUUUCUUCCAUGGCAGCUACCGAUGAGAUCGUUUACGAAAUAUUCGACGACAGUACUCGAGCUGGUUCGAGUAAUGUUAAGCUAAACCAAAGCUCUUCUUCUUCAUAUGCUUCAAGCACCGAGAAUAUUUGUCGUCUUCUUCAAGGUUGGAUGAGAUCGACACCGAAGAUCAACGACAACAGUAUCGGGAGUACUUCUGCGAACUGUGAUUUGCUCUCUUGUGGAGAUGAUCAGUUGGAAUCGAUUCUAUCGUUCGAGAACACAAACAAUGUCGCAUUAGUGGAUAAAUCUACUUCAAAGACUACUUUUCAAGAUUCUGAAAAUGGUGAAAAGUUGAACCCAGAGAGGAAGCAAAAAGUUGGUCAUCAGAAAAAUCUCAAUAAUGAUAAUGAUAAUCCUCCAUUAUCAUUUCUGGAGAAGUGGCUUUUGGAUGAGAGCACUGCAGGUCAAGUAGAAGACAUGAAUCAGAUGAUGGAAUUGUCUUCAAUUUUCUAAAAUCUUUUUUUCUUAUUUAAUUACCCUAAUUUUAUUUCAAGUUUUAUCGAGAAUUCUGAACAAGUUAAAGGGAUCUCUUAGUAUUAACAAAAUG